UAUACAACAAAAUGAACAUAAUAUGACCAUAAGAGAAUAAGAAUUGAAACCCUAGGACCCCAAGGUCCUGAACGGCCGAACCCAACCUGAAUAUCAUUGUACAGGUACUUCAAGCACAGCAAUUUUUCCAGCUUCAUUCUGUAUGGUGAAUCCAAUACCUUUUCUUGUAAGUAAUUGAUCUUUUAUAUUAUCUUCUGCCAUUUAUAUAUACUUAUGUUUAAUACGAUAUUUGGAUCUGGAUAUGAGUGUAUGAUAAUUCUAAGAUUUGGUGUUGAAUUUUUAACUAGUUAUUAUAUUUUUGAAAGGUUAGAUAAGUGGUUAAAAUGUUGCUAGUGGAUUGUUUUUGGAUUGUUGGGAUACUGAAGUGUUUUGAUUUUUUUUAUGCUUUUAGAUUUUAAUAUGAAACCAAAUCGACCUCUUGCCAAGAAAGGAAGAACCUUAUUAUCUUUUUUUACAAAGAGCGACAAACCCAAGGGUGGUCCAACUCCUACGGUACCCAAUCCUCCAAUUGCUACUCCAACUCCUAUGAUACCUAAUCCUCCAAUUGCAUCUCCUAAAAUUGAACGGUCUUUAUUUUUCAAUGUUGAGUUAGAACCAUCUGAUUCUAUAGAACGAGACCCAGGAAAAAGAAAGCAAAUAUAUGAAUAUCCGUUUAAUGAACGUGAUCAAAUUAGGCAUGCCUAUUUAAAAGCUAGGCCUUAUCAACCAAAACUUUUGGAGUAUCAAAGCAAAGAAUUUGGAAAACAGAACGUCAAUUUCAAGAGCAUUGGUACAAUCAGUAUUCUUGGUUGGAGUAUUCGCCUUCAACACAUAAGGCAUAUUGCUUUUUCUGCUUUCUUUUUCUCAAUGAAAGCGUUCCACCUAAUAUUUCAUCAUUGGUUACUAUUGAAUUUGAUAGUUGGAAGAGGGUUGGUCAGGGAAGUAAAUGUGCAUUUCUUGUUCAUAUUGGUACAACAUCUUCAUCAUAUCAUAAUGGCUGUAAGAGAAGAGCUGAAGAUCUAAUGAAACCAACACAACAUAUUGACAAGAUAAUACACGAUGUAUCAAGUGAGGAAAAACAGAAAAAUCGUUUGAGUCUAAUGACCACAAUUAUGAGUGUUCGGUGGCUAGCACUUCAAAGUUGUUCAUUUAGAGGCAAUGAUGAAUCUCCAUCUUCACUGAAUCGUGGGAACUUUCUUGAAAUGGUAGAUGCAUUUGGAAAAAUGAAUACAAAAAUAGGAGAAGUUGUGUUGGGUAAUGCUCCAAAAAAUGCUACAUACACAUCUCCAGACAUUCAAAAAGAGAUUUUGAGCAUUAUGACUAACAGAGUAAGACAGUGAAUCCGUAAAGAAAUUGGGGAUGCAAAGUUUAGUAUUCUUGUUGAUGAAGCUCGAGAUGCAUCUUCACAAGAACAAAUGGCUAUUAUCUUGAGGUUUGUGAAUGGUAAUGAAAUUUUGACAGAGCUUUUUUUUGCAAUCAAAAGUGUUAGUGACACUACAUCGUUGAAUCUUAAGAAUCAAAUUUCUGAUGUUCUUGUUCGUUUCAACAUUCAAGUGCAAAACAUAAGAGGUCAAGGGUAUGAUGGUGCUAAUAACAUGCGUGGUGCUUGGAAUGGACUACAAGCAUUAUUUCUUAGAGAUUGUCCAUAUGCAUAUUAUAUCCAUUGUUUUGCUCAUCGUUUACAACUCAUGUUGGUUUCAGCAGCUAGGGAUGUUGCAGAUAUUAAUUCAUUCAUUUCAUAUUUGGACAAUGUUAUUAAUAUGAUUACAUCAUCUCCUAAGCGCAUCAAUGAGUUGAAAAGCUCCCAAAAAAAAGAAAUUGAACAUUUGUUGGAAAUUAGAGAACGAGAGACUGGAAGUGUGGCUAAUCAAAUUGGUAACUUGCAACGAGCUGGAGGUACUCGUUGGUCUUCUCAUUACAACUCUGUAAAGAGUUUGAUUGAUAUUUAUGCUGCAACUUGCAAGGUACUUAAGUAUCUUAGUGAUCAUUCUCCAAAUGUAAGAACUCGGUCUGAAGUGGAUGGUGUAUACAAAAAAUUGACAACAUUUGAAUUUGUAUUUAUCUUGCAUUUAAUGCGUAGAAUAUUAGUAAUUGUUGAUGUGCUUUGUUAG